AUGGCCAUCAGCCAAUCAACAAUGCCGGCUCAAAGUGACUUUCAGAUGAACAAGCGGGAGCAAAGGCUCGAGCUGCGCUUCACAGCUGAGGCCAAGGCGCUGCAUAGGCUGAAGGAUGGUUUGGGAUGGUUUUUGCUAAGUCGUGCGAGGACCUGCACUCCAGCAUAUCGACUGCACUUGUACUGCUGCUGCCCAUCCGGUGUCUUGGACCGCGUGGAGCACUGGCUGCAUGUGUAUGCUUCUUGGGCAGGGAUGGCCUCAACGGACUACCACUUGCGACGGCUGAUUCAAGAGUCCACCAAAGCCAGUGAGCAACAGCGGAAGGCUCACAAGCUGGUAGACGAUGCCUUUGUCAUCAUCGAGGGCAACGCAAGUCGAUUUUCCACAGGAGAAGACUUCGCACCCGAGCUGCUGGUCUUCUUCGCAGAGGCUGCUUCUGUCUCUUGGACUGGAAUGGGAGUAAGGACGUCGGAGGACACGACGAGCAGGCGGAGAGAGCCUUACAACUUUAUGACCGCUUGGCCUGUGAGGCAGCUGCAAUAUGCAUUGCAGGAGUACUUGGUGAAGGCCUUGAACAUAGCAAGCGAGUCCGGGUGGGCACAAAAUGACAGCCGUUACGGCUUCCUGAUCUACAACGCAUCUUUAGUUUUUUGGAAGGUUGCGCGACCAAUGUGUCGAUCUGGAUGGCAGAAACACAUAUUGAAUGAGACGACUCAAGUCUUGGAAGCUUUAAAGCUGGUUAGAGCAGCCUCAGCUACGGCUGGUGGAGGUGGUGGUAAGCCUGGGAAAGGGGGAGGUGCAACUGCCGCCAUUCCCGUCCCCAUUGACCUUCCAUGGCUGAUUGAAAUCACUUUGAAUCUGGCCUUUGGGCUAGAAGACGCCGGCCGCGAUGCGGAUGCACAGAAGAGGGUGGACGAAGCAAGCGCGCUGCUUGACGAGUUUCUGAAAGAUCCGGCGACCACCUCGAAUCCAGUGCUAUCUGCUCGUGGAGCACGCCUGCAGCCGCUCAUCUGGAAUGCCAAGGCUUUCUUCAGCCGGAAGGCGCCAGGAAAGGUAAAGGACGACAUUGUGAAGGCAAGUGGCAGCACGGUGCUUGGUGCUGCUUUGUUUAUUUCCAAUGGUGGUACGCCAGCCGAUGCCGCUGCUGAGGAGCUCAUCAAGGCUUGGGCAAGCAUUGAUGGCGAGUACGAUCUACGGGCAGCAAGAGAUGCCUUCAAUGCCGAUCCUCGAACUCGGCCCGAUGGCGGGCAAGUCACCCGAGGGAACGUGAAACCCCAGAUGUUGGUGGAGCUUUCUUUAGCAGUCCGUGCCGCUUGCUCAAUCAAAAGUUGGGCAUUGGCCAUUUGCAUGGUUGCUCGCCUGGAAAAGUUUCAGAUGCCCCCGGGCAGGGGCCGGAUACUUCUCGACAUAUGCAAAGCAGAGUGCGAUGUUUGGCAAGCGUGUAAUGUUAAGAAGGAGGACCCGACAUCCAAGAUGCUGCUCUCAGCAGAGGGGCAGGAAAAGCGAGAGGUUGAAACUCGGCACAGGGCGGUCAGACUCUGCGAGCAGUGCAUCAUGACAGCCAAGAGGAUUGAAGCUUCUGAUCUGAUCGAGGAGUGCGCCGUGGUCAUGUGGAACAUUUCGCGCGAGUUGAUGUGCGAUCAACACCGCUUUCGAAUCCACAAGCCCCUGCAGAAAUGUUCCGAGCUGCUGGAAGAGAUGCAGUCGAACAGGUUGAUUCACUUGCGAGUGCAGCUUCACUUCGAGGUCGCUCAUUGUGAGGUUUCUUCCGAUCUUCUGACAAAGGGCGCCGCAGAAUACCAGCGCGCAAAUGCGCUGGACUAUACGGCUGCGGACGGGGAGCUUCCCGAUACGGUCAAGCAAAUUCUGGCAGACGAUGGUGGAGGCCUCGGGAGGGAUCCUGCACCUUACCUACGCCGCUUCGACAGUGCCAUGGACCAGCAGCUGCAUCUGCUCUACUGGAAGACGACUUUGUACGAAGAACCGACCGACCCUGCGGACCAGGUUAUGUUAGUCUUGGACCAAGUCUCCAAAGUUACCGGUGCGAAGAAUGAGAAUGGUGAGGUUUUGCCACUAUCCGAAGAGAAGAAGAAGCUAAAUCACAGCCUACUAGUGCAGGCUUAUGCAAAGCUCGAGACCUACCUGGACGAGCUGAUCUCACCAGAAAAUAUGCAGCAGUUAAGUGACACCUUCGAACCGCCACCCCGGCACGUCGUCGACAAGGAGCCCAUCAAGCCGCUUCCUCACCAAGCGCCUGCCACUGCCCUGACAGGUGGCAAGGCCGAGAUGGAUGGGAAGCCCAUCUUGGACAAGCGGCCACAAAGCGAACGAGAGAAGACCAUUCAGAAAGCCAAAGAAAUUGUAAUGCUGCUGUGCCGCUGUGGCUUGGAGGCCCACCGAGCGGAAGAGGGCGAAUUUGCAGUGAGGGUCUGCACCAAAGCUAUUUCUACUGCGGUGGAUGCCAUCAGCUUUGGCCCUGCGCCCAUUGAAGUCGAGGGGGCGUUGCUGCUGGCGGCUUGUGCAUACACAAAGUCGCAAUGCCUGUCAUGGGAGGUGGAAGAUUUGGGGCUUCUGAACGGCAUUGACGAAGAGAUCCCAGAGGAAAAGGAGGAGCCUGUAGAGGAGAUUCCGGAUGAUGGCAGCGACAGUGAGGAGCAAUUUCGCGAAUUGACGCCCGAGGAGAAGGCUGCCAUCACGGACAAGAAGCGAGAACUCAUCAGGAACAUCCUCUACGGGUUGGCAAAGAGCCAAGAAUUUGGUCAGUACUGGAUGGUGGCCAAUGGCUUGGUACACUUCUGGAACCUGCAUCUGGACAUGGUUUGGUUCGGCCAUGAGGAGCCCAAGUUGCUGAAGCGGACCUUGCAGGAUUACCGGGCGGCUCUACAAGAGAUUCAGAAAUACCUUACGGGCCCAACGGCGCUACCAGACAGUGAGUUGAAGCCUGAGCUCGCUGCUUGCCUUACUCUUGCCCACAUCAAUGCAAAUGUGGCUGUGGGCAACCUGAAAGUGCUUGAGACGGACGAGCUUGCGGUGCUGAAGCGCUUGGGCGCAUGUCAGCGGAAGGACAUCAUGGCCCGGGUGGCGCAGCUUUGUAAGGAGAACGAGAAGCCACUGCCUGAUGUCACGAAGCUUCGGCCUGCGCGACUCGAAGCUGCGCCAGCUGGCAAAGACAAGAAAGGACCGGAAGUUGUGGAUCCGAGUGACUUGCAGGGAAGCGAAGUAGACAUCAUGGUGGCCAUCAUGAGCAUGCCCAAGGCGAAGGAUGGCGAGGAAGCAAGAAAGUUUGUAGACCAGGCUGUUGCGCUGUUGCAGAAAUGGACGCCAGCUUCAAACGACGAGGCCAUGCUCUCGCUUUGGGUCGAGUUAUGGACCAGACUCGGCCGGCAAUGCCUGAAGCCACCCAUGAAUCCGAACACCGGUGCGAAGUAUGCCCUCAUGUGUGGAGUGCAGGGCCUGGGAGAUUUGAACGCGCCCAUGCCAAAGUACGCCUCCCCAUCGCUGCUUCGCUGGCGGGGUGCUUGCCAUGCACUGUGCGGUGAAGUGUUCGCGUCCUUGGUGGACCCGUUGAAGCAGGAGAAGGAGAGCCUCACCAAGCUGAGGCGAAUGUCUGUGGAGCAAUUCGAAUGCUGCUGUGAGUACGCCAUGGUGACCAACAACCAUGAACUGGCAAGCUUUGGUGCCAGUGCCUUGUGGAACGUGUCGCUACCUCUCAUGCACUCCGGGGAGACGCGGCAGAUGCUCAUAGAGCCAUUCCUGAAGGCCACGCGUGCUCUUGCGGCUGUGAAGUUCAACGAGGACCCAUACUUUUUCGCAGCCCUCUACGCAGCGCUCUACGACUGCUAUGCUGACCAGCAUCAAUGGGACAAGAUCCACGAUAUGCUGAAAGAUGCUUUUGUGGCCGUACCGACCUCCUCCCAUCGCCGGCUUUGGUCCCUGAGGAUGUUGGCCCUCAGUCAUCAAGGGAAGAAUGUCACGGUCGCCAUGGGGAAGAUGAAGGAAAGCCAAGCGAAGGCUCAGGCAAACAUUUGGCUGGUGCUGGUUUCGGCCAGCUCGCAGCCGAAAGAUCAGAUCACAGCCUUCACCAAAGCAAUCAACGUCUUGCAGGCUGCAAUGCAGCCAGAGGUGGUGGAAGUCCGGAUGCAAUUUGCCGACUGGCUGUUGCGGAAUGGCUUUCCAGUCUCGGAUGCUCUGGAGCAACUGGCAGCAGCUUCGGAUCUCCUGCUUGACAUCGAGGAGGGCUCCGAGGAUGAGGACGAGGAGGAGGCUGGCGGCGACGACGGCUUUUAUGGUGCCACCCAUGGAGACGGCGGAGGAGAUGGAAGUGACGACGGCAGCUCCGUAGCCCCUUCGGACUGGGACAAGAGCGAGUCCAAGUUCGGAAGCAAGAAGGGCAGCAGCAAAGCUGGUAGCCGCAUGGGCAGCAGCAAGGCCGGAAGCCAAGCGGGAAAGUCCAGCCGCCACGGGAGCCGUGCCGGCAGCCGUGCCGGGAGCCAGAGCAGCCGCAUGUCCCGGAAGAAGAAGAAGAAGGGCAGCGCGAGCCGAAGCGUGGCGGGCAAGAGUGCCAUGGGCGCUUCGCGAGCCGGUAAGAGCUCCAAAGGCUCCAAGGCGGGCUCUCGGGCGGGCUCUCGUGCAGGCUCACGCGCAGGCUCGAGAGCGGGCUCGCGUGCAGGUUCCCGAGCCGGAUCCCGGACCUCAAAGAAAAGCGCCAGCGUCGCUGCAAAGUCCAAGAAGCAGCAAAAGCAGGAAGAAGACGACGAAGUGGAGGCAGAGCUCUUCGCUCAUAACUUCGAGUCGCUCUGCCGAAUACAAGGGCUGAAGGCACAGCUCACAUGUGGAGUAGAAGUUCACACAUCGCUUCAAGCUGCCUCACACUUCGCGGUGCGAUUCUUCGAGUCCUCGCUCGAGCUCCUUGCCAGCACCUCUGGAACUUUCUGUUGGCGGCUGUUGGCUGCACGUUGUGGCCAUUCUCGCUUUGUGCAUUUGUGCAUCUGUACACCUGCCAUUGUGCUGGUGAUUCCUGAUGCAAAGGCUGGCAAACACCUUCGCACAGGAGUUGCACAACAAGAUGCAGAAGGACUGAGAAAAGGUUGUGAACCGGAGUGGAGAAGAGGCUCAGUUGCUGACUGGUAG